AUCUUUUGGCUUCUGUGAAAAUAUUGCCAUUAGCCCAAAGGCAAGCAUUGUAAAGCGCUGGAUUGUGAGUCAUUCUGUGCGUUCAACUGUGCCUCAAUUUUAUGUGGCCCGCGCCGUAUCGAUGUAUUUGUGCGUUAAUGUGCCUGUGCAUUUGAUACGACAGGCGGGUGUGUUAUAUGUACAUUGUACACAUUCAUAUCAUACAUAUGGGUGUGUGUGAGUGAAUCUGUGUGAAUGUAGGAAACGUAGCGUUAUUUUGACGUUUCUGCUUGCAAGAGCUUUAUGACUUUUUACACAACACGCAAUAUCAGCUGGCUGAACACAUCGUCAUUUUAGUGAGUUUUAUUUCUCGUCGUUCAAAAUUUAUUCUGAACAAACAACAAAAGAGCGAAAACAACAACAACAAUAACAAACAAACAAACAAAAAUAUAAUAGAUGAAAUAUAAAUUUUUAAAUCGAAAAGCAGAAGAAGAACAUUUAAUUGGGAAUUUCCAUUUGGUGGUGAUUUUGUGUUGGCAUUGCUUUCAAACGCAAUUUUGAGUUAACUUAAGUUAUUGAGUUCGUCAAUUCUGUAUGUGAACAGCUAAUAAACUGUGUGUUGUAUUGGAGCUGUAGUGUGUGGUUCGUUUUAAUUUUGUUGCUAUUCAUUUUCGGUGAAAAGAACCAAACCAAUUUUCGUGUGAUUGCCUUUACACAAUUACCCAGAGUGUAGCACACAGCUGUUUUCGUCCACCGUAUAUUAUUGUGACUUUGGAUGGUUGUUGUUUUGCUUCCAUUCAAUCACAAUCCAUCGAUUCACCCAAAUUAUAUAUCGAAAUCGUUUGCCAAACGAUUCAAUACACUAAGCCAGCCAGCCAGUAAGCAAGAACGAAACACUCAAAUUCCAUCGCUAUUUUUCUAUAGUGUGCAGUAUAAGUGUUUAACAUCGUAGAUAUUCCAUAAACGUGAGCAUUUUAAAUAGAGAAACAAAACACAAACCACAAGCAAUAAACAACCACAUUUCGAGUGUUUCUUUUUUUUAACUCUCUCGAUACAAAUACCGAUGAUAAAUCUUCGAAAAAGAAAGAGACAAAGAUAAAAAGAAACAGAAUAAAAACGAAGCAAAGGAAAAGGAGACAUUCGGCGACAAAACGCACACAUUUGGCUAUUUUGCGAAUCAGCAAACAGCAACACCAAAACCGUAACCGUAACAAUCACAACGCAAAUCAAAUAAGAAAUGGCAUCAGAAAGAUCAAUUCCACACCUACGCGAUAUAUUCGGCAUAAAAGGUUAUAAUUCGCAUAUGCAAAAUGAUUGCGGCGGUGUGACUAAUGUCGAUCCAUACAGUAAUCCACAUAUGCCAAUGAAUGACAGUAAAAAACAUUCGCGAAACAAUAAAAAGCACGACAACAACCAUAGGCCAAUGACAAAUGGUGAUGUGAAAAUGUUAGAACGUCAUUUAAGUAUGAAAAAAACAAUACGAAAGAAAAUUAUGCGCGAUUUACAGCAGGCAUUUGUCGAUGAUCCAAAUGAAUUUCAAGUGGAAAACACAAAUGCGGAACACAUGAAGGCCGAACUAAAAGCCGAAGCUAUACGCUUCGGCGAGAAUCCAAGCAAAAAGUCCGACAAUUUUUUAGUAAUGUUGCGUGGCGGUGAUCAACACCAAGGACGAUACGAUUCAUAUAAUAAUGCACAACAAAGAGAAUAUGACUAUGAUUCGCCUGCAAUAUCGGCACGUGAUGAAAAGCAAAGCUUCUGGAAACGUUUCACAAUGAAAACCAAAUCGAAGCGCUGAGUGUGUGUGCGUGCGUGUGACCGCUGACCAUGCGACUAAACGAACGAUCAUUCGACCACCACCGAUGCCACCAGCCUCCGUCAUCGUUGCCAAACACCGACCUCAUCAUCACCGAUUACAAACGAAACAAUUAAAAAUUAUUUAAUAAAAAAAAGAAAAGGAAAAAAAGACGAAAUACGCAAAAAUUAUGCACAAAAAAUAGAGAAAGAGAGCGACGAAACGAAAGAGCGAAGAAGAAACAAAAUGAAACAAAUUAAAAAUGAAAAUGAAUAUGAAAUUAUGAUAAACGAAUAGAAAUGAGAUAUAUGAUGCUGCAAUCGAUCGUGAGCGUGAGAGACAUAGACGAAUGGUAUAUACAUUGAAAGUCCUUAACUUAAUUGAAAUUCAACGGAAUCCACCGGCCAAAAUAGCAACAACAAAACCAACAAACAAACACAGAAAGCACAGAAUCAACCCACAUUUACAAUGAACUUAAUGAACUUAAUCUGAAUACAUGCGAUAACAAACGAAAACCUAUUCAUUUUUUCGAUGUUGUUGCUGACUGUUUUUUUUUAAUAGAUUAAUUAUAAAAAUUAUGUAAAAUGCAACAGUUCAAAGCUAACCAGUUCAAAAAGAUAUCAUAGAUUAUAAGUCGAAUAAUAGCAACAGCAACUACAAUAAAAAUCGAUGCAAUGUAAAUGAUCACUUUUGAAAAAAUAUUUUGUAAGCAUAUUCGUUUUUUUUUCUAUCGCUAAUUUGAAAAAUAACCAGAAAUUUACAACAACAACAACUACAAUACUACGGCAGCAACAUAAAACUAAUGAAACAUUACGUUGAAAGAACAAAAACAUAGACAACAAGAAAAGAAGACAAAAGAAAAAUAAAUAAUAAUAACGAAAAAAUAUUGUUGCGUGCAAUACGAUUUUGAGCAAGCGCAAAACCAAAAAAAAAACAAUUCCAUUGAAUGUGAAUCGUUUUGAACAGAGAGUGAGUGAGAGAGUAAAGGAAGCUUAGUUAUGCUGAAAGUAUUAACUACUUCGACUUUUUUUGCAAGUGAAACAAAUUUAUUAUUGCAUUGUACUUUACAUGUUUUUAUAUGAAUAUAAUUUGAUCUGAUGACUUUUUUUUUAGGCGUUCAGACGAAAAUGUAA